CUUGAGCACAGAAUUUUAGAAAUGGAAGAAAGGCAUAAAGAGGAGCUGGACACUUUGAAGGAGGAAAAAGAAAACCUACAAAGCUUGGUCACACGACAAAGCUACAUCAUCCAAGAACUAGAGAAGCAGUUAAACAAGGCAACAAGCAACAACAGUGUCCUGCAGAAACAGCAACUUGAAUUGAUGGAUACAGUUCAUACUCUGAUCACUCUCUGUUCCAAGGAAGGAGUUUUACUAAAGAAUGCAAAAAAGGAGGAAGAAAAACCUUUCAGAGAUUGUGCAGAUGUAUACCAAUCUGGUUUGAACAAAAGUGGGGUCUACACUAUUUAUAUUAACAAUGUGUCAGAUCCUAAAAAGGUCUUUUGCAAUAUGGAAAUUGCUGGAGGAGGAUGGACUGUUAUACAACACCGAGAAGAUGGGAGUCUGGAUUUUCAAAAAAAUUGGAAAGAAUACAAAAUGGGUUUUGGUAGCCCAUCAGGUGAACAUUGGCUGGGAAAUGAAUUUAUCUUUGCAAUAACAAGUCAGAGGCAAUAUUCUCUAAGAAUUGAAUUAAUGGACUGGGAAGGAAACCGGGCAUAUUCACAAUAUGACAGAUUUCACAUAGGAAAUGAAAAGCAGAAUUACAGGCUCUAUUUAAAAGGUCACAGUGGAACAGCUGGAAAACAGAGCAGCCUGAUCUUACAUGGUGCUGAAUUCAGUACAAAAGAUGCUGACAAUGACAACUGCAUGUGUAAAUGUGCUCUUAUGUUGACUGGAGUGCAAAUACCUCAAGGUUCCCAUCAGCAGGGAAGGGAUUAUGCAGAGAUGGAGUCAGUAUACUUCUGGACUGAAGCUGUUGCAACAAUGUCAAGGGGGAAAGUAAAAGUUAAUGUUACAGUUGAGGCAAGAAAG